UGCCACGCAGGGGGCGUGGUCAGCGUCUGUCGCUGCCAAAGCUGCAGCCAGAAAGACACACACACUUAAACAGUGCGGCAGUUUGAGGACACACUCCUAACAACAGUUGUGUUUUAUCCAACUAAGGGAUAUUUUAUCACAACACGCAGCUAAACCGAUUGUGAACUUCUGCUGCCCCGUCAGGAAGAUCAUCCUCACUGAACCUAGAUCAGCUUACUCCCUCUUCUCCUUCAUCCCAUCAAUAGACUAGAGGUGAACCGCUUUCUGGAGCAACCGUGGAUCUACGCAGAAAGAGGGGCACAUCACAUGGGAGUGCGUGACUGUGUGUGUGAGGGUGUGUGUUCAGGCCUCCUGCCGUCGCCCGCUCUUCCCGGACAGGCAUGGCGGGGGGCAGAGAGCGCGGCUCCCGGAUACAGAGGCCGUGGUCGGUGUACCGGGCCAACACAUUCGAGCUGUCCAAUGAGAUGAUCGGCUUGGCUCUCGCAGGAAACAGUCAGGACCCAGAUGAGCCUGUGCUUGAGUUCAGCGUUGCCUGCACAGACCUGCUGACUCCUGCUUUGGAUCGAAAACCCAACAGCUUUGUAGCAGUGAGCUGCACGACACCCCCGCAGGCCUUCUGGACCAAACACGCCCAGACUGAAGUCAUAGAGGGCACUAGCAACCCCAUCUUCCUCAGCAGCAUCGCCUUCUUCCAGGAUUCCAACAUCAACCAGCAGACGCAGGUGAAACUGGCCAUCUACGACGUCAAGGACCGCUCGCAGGGCACGAUGUAUAUGUUGGGCUCAGCACUAUUUCCUGUAAAGGAGUUGUUACAAGAGAGGAGCCACAGAUUACAGCUCGAACUGAGAUCGGCAGAGAACGAGCGGGUGGGGAACGUCACUAUAGCAGCCUGGCAGAUGGAGGAGAGAGCAGAUCAGAGGAUGUCGGUCGGCCGCCUGCCAGACAGCAUCAACGGCCGGACGAUGCUGCCUGUUGACGAGAGCCUCACGGAGUCGAUGGGAGUCCGAAUCAAGUACGCCUCGCUUUGCAAAGACACCCUGCUGCGCUCAGUGUUUGGAGGCACGAUGUCUCGGAUGUACCGCUUCCCCACGACUGAUGGGAACCACCUACGGGUGCUGGAGCAAAUGGCAGAGAGCAUCCUCUCAUUAAACAUUCCCAGACAGUUUGUCAAACUGCUGCUGGAAGAGGACGCAGCCAGGGUGUGUGAGCUGGAGGAGCUGGGAGAGUUAUCCCCCUGCUGGGAGAAUCUGCGGCGACAGAUUGUCUCUCAGUACCAGACCAUAAUACUUACAUACCAAGAAACACUGUCGGACCUCAACGACUACAGAGGUCCAUCGUUCAAAGCGAGUAACCUGAAGGCAGAGAGGAAGCUUGAGUUCAUGCCAACCAACCUACAUGUUCAGAGGAUGAGGGUGCAGGAUGAGCUGGGAUUCGAACACACGUAUGAUGUGAUAACAAUCGGAGCUCCGGCGGCUCACUGCCAGGGUUUUAAAAACAAUGGUUUGAGGAAACUCAUCCAGAAGUUUGAGGAGGCAAAGAAACACGUAUAUGAGGAGGGAUGCAGCGCCCUGUCCAGCUCACAGUCCAUCGUCUACAUACCCCAGGACAUCGUCCGAGCCAAAGAGAUCAUUGCCCACAUCAACACGUUGAAGACUCAGGUCAGCUACUACGCCGAGAGGCUUUCCAGAGCCGCCAAGGAUCGAUCUGCCAGCGGACUGGAGAGGACGCUCGCUAUUCUGGCUGAUAAGACUCGUCAGUUGGUGACGGUAUGCGACUGUAAGCUGCUGGCUUCAGCCAUUCAGGCCCUGAAUGCAGCACGGCCCGAGUACAUCGCCUCCAAAGCGUCUCCCUCUGCCGACUCAGAACAAGUAGUCCUCCGUAACGACCAGGACACGCUGCUAGCCAAGUGGAGCGGUCGCAACAGCCGAUCCUCGCUGCAUGUAGACUGGCAUGAAGAGGAGUGGGAGAAGGUUUGGCUGAAUGUGGAUAAGUCUCUGGAGUGCAUCAUCCAGCGUGUUGACAAGCUGCUUCAGAAGGAGAGGAGACCCAGCAUCAGCAGUCAGGACAGUACCCAGACUGACCUGCAGGGCGGCGCCAGUAAGAAAGGUGAUGGAAAACGAGCUUUCUGGAUCAACCCAGGAAGUAUGUCGGAGGAAUCUCCAUCAUUACCAUCCUCAUCACAACCACCAUCAUCAUCAUCAUCAUCACCACCACCAUCCUCUUCCUCUCCGCCUGUCCUCUCCUCUGCACGUCCUCCCAGUCCCGAACAAGAAUCCUAUGGAAGCCCGAGUGCUGAGGAGGCGUACCCAGGCGAGUGGAGCGAGGCGCUGUACCCUCUCCUCACCACGCUCACAGAGUGCGUCGCCAUGAUGAGUGACACAGCCAAAAAGUCCAUGGUCUUCCUGCUGAUGCAGGACAGCGCCCCGACGAUAGCCAUGGACCUGUCGCUGCAGUACCGCCGCGAUGUCGUCUUCUGCCAGACGCUCACUGCUCUCAUCUGCGGCUUCAUUAUCAAACUGAGGAACUGUCUCCGUGACAACGGAUUCCUCCGACAGCUCUACACCAUCGGCCUGCUGGCUCAGUUUGAGUCCCUGCUCAGCACCUACGGAGAGGAGUUGGCCAUGUUGGAGGACAUGAGUGUCGGCAUCAUGGAUCUUCGCAAUGUCACCUUUAAAGUGACCCAGGCCACCGGCAGCUCUGCCCCCGACAUGUUGCCGAUCAUCACAGGGAACCGGGACGGCUUCAACGUCCGUAUCCCGCUACCGGGAACCAUGUUUGACGCACUACCGCGGGAGAUCCAGAGCGGCAUGCUGCUGAGGGUCCAGCCGGUGCACUUCAACGUCGGCAUUAAUGAGCAGCAGACACUGGCUGAGAAGUUUGGAGACACAUCCCUGCAGGAGGUCAUUAACUUGGAGAGUCUUUCCAGGCUAAAUUCAUACUACGAACAGUUCAAAGAAGUCCUGCCUGAGGACUGCCUCCCGAGGUCUCGUUCUCAGACUUGUCUUCCUGAGCUACUGAGGUUUCUGGGGCAGAACGUCCACGCCAGGAAAAACAAGAACGUGGACAUCCUCUGGCAGGCAGCCGAGAUCUGUCGCCGGCUGAAUGGCGUUCGUUUCACCAGCUGCAAAAGCGCCAAAGACCGCACGGCCAUGUCGGUCACCCUGGAGCAGUGCCUGAUCCUGCAGCACGAGCACGGCAUGGCGCCGCAGGUCUUCACGCAGGCCCUGGACUGUAUGCGCAGCAUUGGGACGAGGGAGGGGGUGAUCCAGAAGAACCUGAGCGGCUUGCUGCCGGUGCGUGACUUCCGGCUGGACCCCAGCCUCCUGUACUCGCUGCCCCUGCUGGCCCUCAGCCCGAACCUGCUGGUGGUGUGGAUCUUCCUCAGCGUGGCCUAUUUCCUGGCCAAACUGCGCUGCAGCUGAGCGGCCGCGAGCAGUGACUGACUGACUGAACGCAAAACAUAGCGCACGUCCAACGUUUAUGAAGAGGGGUGGUAAAACUCCACACUGACUCCCGAGAAUGUUUCUGAAACUGUGCCACUGUCCUGUGAGUGUGUAUGAAAUUCAUGCACACUAAUACUGUACACACUGUCCCACCCCGACUAAGGGCUUUACACAACUGAAACCCCAUUUAUCAAGGGCCAAGCCCUGCCCUCUUUUUUUUGUUUAUGGACAACUUCUGUUUCCUUGUUUUGUUCCCAGCUUUGAAAAACUGGCAGGCAAGCCUGGAAAAAUAUUGUAAACAUAGUUAUUUUGUCUCAGUAUAGAUAAGAUGAUUUACUUUGAGGCUCCAAACCUUCUAUAGAUUUGACAUUGAAACUGCAUCUGCACUAAGCUGGCUAAAUCUUAAAACACAGUUUACGUGUGUGCGCCAUGUUUUCAGGUAUUUUUUGUAAAGUCAGGUUAAAGUUGUAAUCCUCACUUUUAUCCUGGUUUCCUGUGACUGCUUCACAAUAAAAGCCACCACAGGUUUUGCAGCAGUGAAGCAGCAACAGUUGAAAAGAGUGAACAAGCUGAUAUCAAUAAGAUAAAAUGACAGCAUCGUUUCAUAGGCAAUUUGAAUCCAGCUUGGGAAUGGUGGACUCCGCCACUAACAAUGAAAACUACUAUAUAGAAAGGUGAGAUUACCAUACUUUUUUUUUAAUAUCACAAAUGGGGUUUGGUAAUUGAUAAUUUAUAAUUUACAUGACAACUUUUGCGUUGUGAUUUGUUACAAUCACUUAUUAAAAUGACCGAUCACUGCCACACAACCCUUAGCUAUGAUUGAUCAAGCAUUGACUACAUCAUCAUUUCCAAAAACUUCCCAUUCACACUAAAAGAAGAGGCUGCAGCUUUUCAAAAAGCUUUUUUUUUGUUAUAGAAAACACCAGGUUUGUGUGGAAGAAAGUGUGUUGUGUUGAUGUGAUGUGUUUUUAAAUUAAGCCGGCUUAGUGUGAACAUUUCAUGUCAAUAAUCUUCAGAUAUUAAAUAUUGUGGCCUAGCUAUCAGCUAUCAGCAUACAUCUGUUGAACACAGACCAAAAUCUUCAAACCCAGUCCAGACAUUGAGAAAAGUCUGGAUGAUUAUAAUAGAGAGCUUAUGGGACUGCUCUCUGCACAUGUGCUUUAUGAUGAUGAAUAAGAGUAAUUGUAUCAGACCUUGAAGGAAUAUUCACAUUUCUACUUGAUAGCGCCCUCUAAUGGACAGAUUUAGUGCCACCCUUUAUGAUCUGUGUGACUGCUCAGUCAUUCUUCAUUGUUAUAACAUACAAAUAUUACAAAGUGACAAUUUGUAUAUUUGUGAAACACAUGUCAGAAAUUACACCUGAGUUGUGAAUAUGUAUAAAAGCAGAAUAUAUAUAAAACGUUGCUUUCAGGAAAGAGUUAUUGUUGAUAGUAGCUAUUAUAAAAGGAAAUUGAGUUAUAAUUUAAGCUUUGCACAAACAGCUGGCUUGUUUCAUUUAUCAUCGUCUUCCAUGUGCUUUUGCACUUACAAGCUAAAGUGGAGGAAACAAAAGCUUUUAUUUGGUGCCAAAAUUAAGUAAGCUAACUUUGGCUUAUACAGUACAGUGUAUAUAUAUAUAUAUAUAUAUAUAUAUAUAUAUAUAUAUAUAUAUAUAUAUAUAUAUAUAUAUAUAUAUAUAUAUUAUUUCCAGACAGUAGGAGGAGGUUGUCUGCUUCUACUUCAGCCUGUGCACUUUCCAGCAGAUCUGGGUCCGUUAUGACUUCCCACUGACUCUGUUUACAUGCAGCCUAAUAUAUCCAUUUAAUUUCUAAAAUGAUCUAAACUUUAACCUUUAUUUGGACAUUUUAUCCAACAGUAUUGAGUUUAAGAAUGACAGAAUAAUUUAAAAACAAAUAAAUCUAUUCAAUUAUAAUUGUCUGUUUAUCUCAGAAUAGUGGAUAAAUUGAGGACUAAAGUGUCUGAAAACGCUGUAUUAUAGCUGUUUACUCAGGUAAAUUGAAACUGAACUCGUAUAACACAUCAACCAGACUAAAAUAGUUUAUACUGGUUCCAAUUUAAUGAGAAUGUGUGUGCAUAAACCUAUUUAAAGUAAUCCCUUCCCUUCUUAAUUUGGCCCAAAGCAUUUUAAAUACCUGGCCUGAGCAAAUGAACAGACCAGAAAGCCUAUCGAUCAGACCCUGUGACAACAUGCACGACCCAUUAGGAGCGGUGUGACUGAUGUGCAUUUUCCUGUGUAGCAAGUUGUAGCAGCAACGGGCAGCUGAAAACAGCACAGUACAGGCAAAUAUGCCCUUCCUGUGUGUCAGCUAAUUCAUGCACCAAGGCAGGAACUCUUACACUCUUGACAUUAUCCAUAGAUCUUGUGUGCAGAAUGAUAUUAAGUAAGAAAAAUAAUAAUAAUUUGACCUCGUCAUGGAAAGUCAGCAAGAAAUGAGAGAAAAAUACCUCUGCAGCAGGGGACCCCACAAAAGAUAAGGUUCCCGUAAUCAAUAAAAAGUGUUGUCAAACAAACAGCACAUGCUGACAGUGCCAGUAAAUAAGUCAAAAAAGUAGGCCUAGAUAAUGAUGAAAAACCUGAUAUAAAAAAAAAAAAAAGAAUUACCUAAAUGAUAAAUGCCUACGUUUCCCUGUCUACACACCCAUGUUAAACUCACACAGGUGAUUUCACUUACUUUGGCUGAUUAGACCUUUUCUCAGGACUGUGUGGGUGUGCACAGGUCUAAUCAACCAGAAGUGAAAACACCUGUGUGGGUGUGCAGGCCCUUUUUUUAAAUUGCUGCAAAAUCAAAGGAACAAUAAAAAACAGAAAGAAAUAUUCAGCUCUCGUAGACAGAAAACUAAACUGAAUUCUAUGGAGCCUGGAGACAUUUAAGUUUACAUUUGAUUAUAAUCAUUAACACAUUUAGAAAUUAAAAUAACUGAUUAAUUACGCAUUUAUAAAGUCAAAGGGAAAAAACUAAUGAAACAUUAGCCAAUUUGUAAUUUUCAUUCCUAUUCUGCCAUUCAAAUUUAUUUAAAGCAGUACUAACCAAUAUUUUUAUAUUCACAGUGGAUCAAACCUACCUACUACCUGCCUAGCACAAAAUUAGCAGCUAGCUAGUGGAGCAUUUAGUAGCUAAAGAGCCAGGUAUCUCCCUCAGAAGCUGGUGCAGACCAAAACAGAGCUAAAACAGAGAGAAUAUUGGUCUUAGAUUACAAAAAUACGACUCCAAAUGAAUGACAUGAAACAUGUAUAGCUUCCAGUUCAUGAUUGGAUUGAAUUUAAAGGUGACUCCCUUUAAUUUGAAGACAUGUAAGCAGUGUGUAACUUACAAAUUAAUGCAUUUCAACCCAUGAAGCAGCAGCAGGAACUAUGAUUGGCCAGCCCUACUUUUAAUUAUUGUACUUUUAAUUAUUUCAGCGGUAUACUCCAGGCUUCAUAGCAUCCACACAGUCUUGUUAAAGCCAGCUCAGCAAAGCUCAGUAGCUUUUAUUACAACACCUGCAGCAUAAUGACAACAAACAAAUGAGAAAUUAAAUGAAAGUCUAGGAUUCAUGUUCAUUUAGAAAUUCCCAUUGCCAGUCCUGUUAGAAGAGAAGAAGUUCACCUCAUUAUUUUUUAGCUCUACAUGCCCUUGAUGUGUUAUUUAUGGGUUCAGUUCAUUUGUAAAAGCAGCGGCAUGUUUGAUGUAGUCAGUGCUUUUAUACUUUUCACUCCCUGAGACUGAGUGUCAGCUUUCACCUGCCUCUAGGGCAGUAGCAGCCAGCGAUGGCACUUUUAGAACACUUAAAUUGGUCCCAAUGUGCCACACCAGAUACAGUAAGUCAGUGAUUCAACCCACAUCUGCUCUUCAGCUUUUCAUGCCAAUGCAGUGAAGAUUAACGCUCUCUCACUAUCUGACAAAGUUGAAUCUUUGUGUUUUAAGGACGCAGUUUCUUAGAGGCUAAUGUUGGAAUGUAUGAUUGUAGGAUAUUCAGGGGCAAAGUGUUUCAUUAUGCAGUGUAGUACUGUAGGUUCUACACCCUUUAUAGCAUGUAUGCACACUAGUUUGCAUUUAUUCAGAUGUUAACGUUGUCGUCGUAACAAACUGGUACAGAUUGCAGCUAUAACAGUUAAUAUUAGCUUUACAGAGUCGAGUCAAGUGAAGGAGCUGAUUGUAUUUGAUGGAUGAUGUGAUGAGUUAACUUGUUUGUAGUUAAGCUGUAAAAUGAGUGAGAAUGUAUUCAUGCUUGUGCCAAAUGCUUUCAGUCAGGUUUUUAUCCGGUGAAUUCAGGUUUGUAGGAUCUGUGUUUGCAAAGAGAUUAAGCCAAAAAAAAGUUAUGAUGUCUUUGUCUGAAUCUAGUCCAUUUCGUUUUCAGGUUAUGCGUCCUAGAAAUGAGCGAAAAAUACACCAGAAAAUGUGUCUUGUUUUGAGAAUUUUCAAGUCAGUUUACUAGGAAAUAAUCUGACAUUAUCUAAUGCAGGUGUUAAAUAAUCUUUUGACCGUUUUUCUCAAUUAAUUAAUUUGUCUAAAAAAUGUUGAAAAAUGUCCAAUGUAAUGUCACAGAGCCCAAGACAUAUUGAAACAGUCCGAAACCCAAUGAUAUUUUGUUUACUAACAUAUAUAAGAAAAAAAAGCAGCAAAUUUUCACACUUGAGUAACUGGAACCAGCAGAUGUUUGGCAUUUGUGCUUCUAAGUUGACUUUAGUUGAUUUGUUGCUGUUUAUUUAUAGAUUAGUCGAUUGUGAGAAAAUUUGAUUUUUUUUUCACCUCUAAUCUCACACCAACUCCAAGUUGUUUGUCUUGUUUGUAGAUUUUAAGCUUCUGCUUACAAAUCAUGCACUUCUCAUGGAGCGUCCUAGAAAGAAUUGUGUUAUUUUUUGUGCUAUUUCUUAUACGGUCGUAUUGUUGUGGAAAACAAUAAUUUUAACAGUUCUAGAAUGAUAUUUGAUAUUUUCAGAUUUUCAGCCCAAGUAUACGAAUCGAAGGUGAAAACCUCCUUAAAAUACUAUAACACUGUUGUUUGAAAACAGCUGUUGGUACAGGACAGGUUUGGUUUUGACUGUAGAAAAGUGUGGCAAUUUAGGAAAAAUAGGAAAAGUAUAAGUAUAUAAUAAGUAUAACCAAAAAAGUAAACUUAAUCACCUCAGAUAAUAGCUCUUUAGAUACCUUGAUGUAUCAUGUUUCCUUAAUGGUCUUGAGAAAUCAAAUGUGUUACAAUGUGUUAAGCACUCCUCAACAUACCUUACAGAAAGACACCAAAUGUCUUGUAACUUGCAUUGUAAAAAUCAAUAUCUUGUAUCAGUUGCCUGCUAAACGAAAGUGUCAGUCACUUCCCCGGAGUUUCGAGGCUCCGUCUCAUUAAGAUCGACCCAGUAUGGAAAUGGAUCAGACCAAAAUAGCCUCCUUUGGGAGUUGACCGUGCUCUCAUGACCCCUAAACACUCAAAUACACAUACUACAUUAUAACGAUCCAUAUCGUCCCGCAUCCAGUAAUGUCUCCUUUUUUCCCUAAACUGGUACUGAGAAUAUCUCGCCAUAUUCUCUUAUUUGUGUAUUUAUCGGUCAGUAGAAACACACAUUUGUUGAUUUUUGUUGUAAAUAUUGUUUUAUCUUAAGAGCUUAAACCUGAAAGGAGGCAUGCUGUUAUGCCAGACUUUCCGAUAAACAGUAGAAAACAUAAUAAAAUGCAUCUAACUGUGUUGUGCUUUCUAUGUAAAGGGAUAGUUAGGCAUUUUGGGAAAUAACUGGCUUUCUUGCCGAGUGUUAGAUGAAAAGACCGAUACCACUCUCGCGUCUGUGUGGUAAAUGUGUAUCUGGAGCCAGUUAGAUUAGCCAUGAAAUAGUCCUGCAAAAAACUCGCUGAAUUGUUAUUUUAACAGUUAGUUUUUAUACAAAUUAAACAAACACGAUAUAAUGUGGUAAUUAGUGAGCUUUAGAUGUGCUGGUAGGCAGAUUUUUAUUAUCUUUGGACAGAAAAGUUCAUUGUUUUCCCCUGUUUUUCUGUAGGCUAAGUUAAGCUAACAAGUGUUGUUUCCAUAAAACUUGAACCAGGGAAACAGCUAGCCUGGCUCUGUUCAAAGGAAACAAACUCCACCUACCAACACCGCUAAACUUCACUAAUUAACACGUUAUAUCUUGUUUAGUUUUUUGUACAGAUUAAACAAAGCUUAACGUUAUCUUACAUUAGCUAACCGGCUAACAUACAGACAUUGGAGUGGUAUUGAUCCUCUCAUCCAGAUCUCAGCAAAAAUCUCCCAAAAUGUUAAACUUCUCCUUUAAAUUAUUAUUCACUACUUAUUGUCAUUUGUUUUAGGAAUCUGGUGUAUCUCGUUAUCUGUUGACGCUUCAGUUUAGAUCUACCUCUGUGAGACGGAAGUUAUACAUUGAACUUAAGAGUUUAUUUAAAAGAAGUAAAAUUAACAUAUAAAUACAUCUAAUAUACAGAUAUAUAUACAUAAAGUAAAGUAUUUCUGAUAUAAUUACCUAAUCACUGAGCAGCAGGGAUGUGAGGAAUUUGGAAUUAUUUUAUGUAAAAUGACAUUUUUUUCCAGUUAAGUAAUAAUUUCAUUUUCUGAUACAUUUAUCAUUAAUUCCCCAUAAUUACAUGUGUAAUUACACUACAGUGCUUCCUAAAAAUAUGAAUUACAAUUCAUUAUAUCAUUGACCUUAAAGAGAAACAUCUCAAAUUUGCCAAUUUUUUUCUUUUCUGUUUAUUUAUUUUCUUAGGAAUCCAGAUGUAUCAGAGAAUAUAUUUGUAUCGCUGUACAUAAAUUGUAUUUAAAUGCCUGUAUUGCCCAAACGUUUGCUAUAUAUACUGUCUUAAGUUAUUUCAAAACAGACAGUGUGUGUAUGUAUGUGUGUAUGUAUGUGUGUGUGUGUGUGUGUGUGUGUGUGUGUGUGUGUGUGUGUGUGUGUGUGUGUGUAUGUAUAUAUAUGCACACACACACACACACACUCAUGUUAUUAUUGUACCAUAACUGUCAUGCUGUCUGUCGUCACUUGUGACCUGUGUUAUCUCGUUGUAAUAUGCAGAUUUAUGUUUUUAACUAAAUUACUUCUCAUACUAAACUGUUGACAUAAUAAGAAUUUGCAGGCCCUUUUAAACCUCUGAGCUCUCCUGUUAACAAUAUAAAUUAAAUUAUUUGAACAGGUUAUUUGCUAAUGGUCACUUUUAACAUGUUAAUUGAAAUUAAAUAUGUUAUUAGGAUCAUAAUUACCUUCUGUAAAGUGUUAUUAUGUUUAAAGGAAGUUAUUGCAUUAACAGUUGUAACAUGAUAGCAUGGUUUGGAGAGAAUUUUAAUUUUAGUGCUGACCAGAUGGGUCAAAAUAAAAAAAAAUUAACUUCAUGUUUUUAUAUUGAUUGUACAGAAAGUGUUUUGGAAAGGUUGUUUGGGAAUAUUUUAUAUUUUAAAAGGUAUUUUAAUUCUAAAAUCUAAUCUCGACUCACAUUGGCUUAUUGCUUUUUGGUCUUAAAAGUGAAACUCCUCAGACAGAUCCCAGGUCAGCACACAGCAGGAAAUCUAUGAUGUUGAAUUGUCUUUAUUUGUGUUUCUUGUCCACAUUUGGCAAUCAGCUCUUCUCCUCCAAGACUCGGCAGCAGUUUAAUGUCCAAAAUAUUUAGCCUUGUUGCAGUAAAUGUACCAAAAACCCAAGAAAACCUCCAGUUAAUGUGUCCCUGAAUGCCACACUCCUGCUGUAAUAAAUGUUUCCUCCACCUGCAGAAUAUAAACAGAUUGCGGUGACA